AUUUCUUUCGCACUACCGUAAAACGGGGUGACUUUGACCUCACGGGUUGACUUUGGCCCCAUUUUGAGAAUUUGUUUAAAACCCACCCAAAUCUACUUUUAUUUGAUAUUUCCCAUUUUAUUUUGUUUUGAUACUGUAGUUAAUAACAGCAGCAAUAAUUAUACAACAAAAAAUCUUGUCACUUUAUGAAAAAUAUUUGGGAAAAAAAACUUUUUCAUUUGGAGGGUCAGAAAUAAAAAAAUUGAAAAAAAAAUCGCAACUCAGUACUUUUAUUGAGAAGUCCAAAAAAGAAACAUUCAAUUGUCCUUAUUCUUUACAGGUUGGAAGAGAUAUUCUCUGUGAAGGUUUUUAUGGUGUUUGGAACAAGUUUAAACUAGUUGGGGGCGUAUGAGGGAGGUUUUUUGCCCACAAUGCAAAAUUCCAUGUAAUAUGGUACUGACUUUGGCCCACCUUAUUACCCUAUACAAACCUACUUUUUUGUUUUAUUUUUCAGAAAUAAAACGAAUUUAUUUUCUCAUUCUAGUCAUCCAGUUAAUCUAUAAAUGUAAACAGUUUAUUUCAAAUCAUGGUGAGAAAAUUCAGUCGUGUUUUGGGCAGUAGAAGAUACCAUGAUUAUAGUGAGAAAAAACUUCAGCGAGCUCUGGAAGCAAUUAAAAGGGGAGAAUCGCAAAGAAACGUUGCAGCACAGUUCAAUAUACCUAGGAGUACUUUGAAGAAUAAGUUGAAACUGAGGCACAUGAAAAAAUUUGGUGGGCAAACAGUUUUAUCUGCAGAAACUGAGAAAAUUCUAGUGGAGCACUGCAUAGCCGUAAGCAGUUUUGGUUUUCCGAUAGCACAGGAAGAUUUGAGAAGCAUAGUUAAAGCUUAUCUUGAUGCAAAAGGAGUGACUGUCAGUAAAUUUCACAGCAAUUAUCCUGGAGUUGAAUGGGUGAAAGCAUUCUUAAAAAGGCACUCAGAACUAACGGUGCGAUUCGCAACGAAUAUAAAAAAGAAAAGGGCAGGGGUAUCGAGUGAGACUAUUGAAAAAUAUUUUGAAAACAUCGAAGAAGAGUUGGAUGAUGUGCCCCCGGAAAAUAUUUGGAAUUAUGAUGAAACAAACUUAACUGAUGACCCAGGGCAAAAGAAGAUAAUAUGCAAGCGCGGCUGCAAAUACCCAGAAAGAAUCCUGAAUUCGACAAAAUCUGCAAUAAGUUUGAUGUUCUGUGGGAAUGCAGCAGGAGCAGUGAUGCCACCGUAUGUAGUGUACAAAGCCGAGAAUCUGUGGAGCACUUGGGUUGAAGGAGGACCACCAGGGACACUAUACAACAGAUCAAGAUCAGGCUGGUUUGAUGGAUUUAGUUUUCAAGAUUGGUUUAAUCGAAUGGUGCUGCCUAGGCUGAAGCGUCAAAAUGGGAAAAAAGUUCUCAUUGGGGAUAAUUUAUCCUCCCAUAUCAGUCCAGAUGUUCUGAAAUCAUGUCUUGAUCACAAUAUAGCUUUCAUAUGUCUACCGCCUAAUUCGACGCACCUCACCCAACCCCUGGAUAUUGCCUAUUUCAGGCCAAUGAAAGUCGCUUGGAGAUCGAUAUUGAAUUCUGUGAAAAGUAAAGAAAGAAGGCAGACAUCCGCAACGCUAAGAAAAGAUGAGUUUCCAGCACUUUUGAACAAACUCUGCUUUGCUCUUGAUGUCAGGGGAGCAAACAACCUAGUUGCAGGAUUUAAAAAAGCAGGACUUGUUCCGCUCAAUAAAGAAGAAGUUCUCAGUAGAUUACCAAGAACUACGAGUCAUGAUGAUUCUGAUGUUAUCAGUGAAAAAUUUCUUGAGAAAAUUUCAGAUUUAAGAUCUUCUGUGGCAAAGGAAACUAAAACAAGAAAGAAGGUUCAGGUAGAACCUGGGAAAAGCGCAUGUGAGGAAGAUGUGGCAAGACUUGAAAAAACGGUUUCAAAAAAAGCUCAAGCAAAUCAAAAUAUUGAAGAUUCAGAUUCAACGGUUGAAAUUGUUUCCUCAGACGAUGAAUGCGAUGAAGCCUCUACUCCUGAAUCAUCCAACUCUCACUCUGUAGUUUCAACUGCUCAUCACUUGCCAUUUGAAGAAUGCAACAUUGGUGAUUAUGUUAUAAUUUCGUAUGAGGGUGAAUUAUACCCUGGAAUUGUCAAAACCCGCACAACUGACGGGUGCGAGGUGAGUGUCAUGGAGAAGUCUGGAUGUAACUGGAGAUGGCCAUUUCGGAAAGAUCAGAUUUUUUACGACUGGAGCAGCAUAAAACGUUGUAUCAGUCCCCCAGAUCUCAUAAAUGCGCGAGGCAUCUAUAAAGUGUCUGAAUUGAACUGAACUGACCUUUUUGCCAUGAUAUCAACUGCUAUGAAUGAAUACAGACAUGUUUAAUUUUGAUUUUUGCAGUGCCAUUAUAAAAUGGCCGAUUUCGUUGAGUGUUCUAAUUUUUUUGGGGUUUCUGUUUUUUUAAAAAGUCUCUGUGGGCCAAAGCCCACUGUAAUAAAUGUUUUCUUUGUCUCAGUAUGGGUACAGCUUAAUUUAUGGGGAGAAAUAGGCACUGGGCCAAAGUGGUACCGAAAUUGCUGGUGACUUUGGCCCACCGUAAAUUAAAAAAAAUAAUAUAGAAAAAACAAAUAUUUUGGUUCAAUGAUUAUGCACGACGUAUACCCCCUCUAAAAUGCAUAGUUUGGACCCGGAAUAGCAAUUCAUAGAUUUUUAAUAUUCGAGAUAUUUUGACUGAAAGACCAAAAAUGGGUCAUAGUCACCCCGCUUUACGGUAUAUUCUUUGA